AUGGUCGCAGCUAACACUUUGGUCCAAAGCAUGAACGCGGAGAAUGUCGAUCCCGCUGAAGAAAAAGUGCUCUCGCCCAAGCAGCUCCAGCGAUUGGAAGAACAGAAGGCUCGGGAAGCCAAAAAGGCGGCCAAGAGAAAGGAGAAGGCCAUGCAAAAGGAACGAAAAGCCAACGAAAAAGCUCGUCGAGAAGCCGAGCGUGAACGCAAGUUGGAGGAAAUGCGCUUGGAAAAGGAAAGCAACAAGACCGAGACUCCCAAGAAGUUGGAGGAGGCAAAGCGUCUAGCGGAAGAGAAGGAACUCUUUGAAAAGGAGUUUGCGGCCGAACGGGCAAAGGCGGUCAAUCACACCAAAAAGUCGGCCUUGGAAAGCAAUCGCCUGGGAGGUAGCCACAUGGCCUAA